UGAUGAUGAUGAUAAUGAUGAUGAUGAUAAUUAUAUUAAUGUUGAUGAAAAUAGAAAAAAACUAUUAGCACUGCAGUAUGAUUCGCGUAUGAUUCGUAUGGCUUCUCUAUUUGCUAGUCAACCACGACUCGAAAAAAUAUGCAAAGAUUGGAAUAACGAGUUUCUUUCUUCAUGCUUUACAAAAUAUUCCUUUAUUAGCAAUGAUGAAGAUUCAGUUAAUGAAUUACAUGAAAAAGCAAAUGAUCUCGAGUAUCUAAUUAAUCUCUGUGGGAGUAAUUUAACUCGUCUAGAUGUUAUGCAAUAUCCUACUUCUCAAAUAAUGCCAAUAAUCAAUGCUAAUUGUCCAAAUCUUGAGAAACUUAAUUCAGCAUUCAAAGAAAUAAUGAGUCAAGAUUUUGAAAAUGUUUUUUCUAAUAUGUCCCACCUUAGAGAGCUGACGAUUGAAUAUAAAUGUGAAACAUCAACUCUACCAAUGACUUUAGCCAAGUCAUUAGAACAAAUUGGUGGAACCUUGAAAAGUUUAAAACUUUCUUAUGACUUUCAAGUUAUUGGAACCUGGAAAACUUUAGAACUUUCAUAUGAACGAAAAAAUAUGUUCUUACCAGAUUCAUUGGCUUCGGUAUUUCCUCGACUAAUUGCUUUGAAAUAUUUAGCAAUAUCUGGUUUUGGACUAAGUCAACUAUUAGUCCAGUCGAUAGGUGAUAUGAAAAAUUUGGCUGAACUAAGUUUAUUCUCUUAUUGGCCGAAAAAACAUCCAAUGCUUGAUACCCGAAUCAAUAUGUAUCCAAUUGGGAAUUUGAAAAAUCUCGAGACGUUACAUAUUCUUUGUGAUUAUGGUGUUACAGAUGAAUUUUUGAUUAAUCUUUGUAAUAAUGCUAAAAAAUUGGAGGAUUUACAUAUAAUUGGCACAAAUAUUACUGAUAUUGGUAUGAGUGCAAUUGAUAAUUUACAAGAAUUAAAAAAUUUCGAUAUUGGUUUGAAUGGUACUCGUCCAGGAUUAAGGCACAAUGAAUUUAUCACUGAUGAAUCAAUUCAAUGUUUAUUCAAUCAAAAAUUGUACUCCUUUAAUAUAUCAAAUUGCAUUAAAAUCACUGAUAAAGCGGUAAUUAAACUUGUUGACAAUUUACCAAAUUUAGAAUAUUUAUACAUUAGAAAUACAAAGGUAACUCGUGAAGCUGUCAACAAAAUGUACAAAUUAACAGAACAUCGUCUAAAACCAUUACGCGUAUUGGAAAAUAUUGAAAAUGUCGAUUGAUUAUUUUCAAAUCAU